AUGAACGACGGGAUUAGCAUCUUGGUUGCCAUCUUUGUGAUUGUAUGCGUAUUCCGAUGGCUUUUAGGAUCCACACCACAGCAUACAAGGAAUCGCAGAGGAAAUAUUAUGACGAAUGACCCACCCAGGACUAGGCCAAGACCUGUAACUCCUGAAAUGGUCGCAACAGUAUGUGCGAUGUUUCCAAACAUUCCUCCAGUCGCAGUACAGUACGAUCUUCAAAAGACAGGCUCUGUUGAAGUUACCUGUGACAAUAUUCUUCAACACGGUGGUCUCCCAUUGCCACCACCUACUGUUGCUUCAUCAUUUGCAGUUCCUUCGACGUCUCACGCCUCCUCAUCGACAACGAGUGGGAUAAAUGUGUCUGUAACACAUCAAUCUCUCGUGGAUAGAUACAAACUACAAGAUGCAGUUAAAAAAGGCAUUGUUCCACCAGAUCCACCUAAAACAUGGGAAGCUACUCCCGAAAAAAGGCAAGAAUUACUGCAAAAGAAGAAAGAUGCAAUGAUUUUACAAGCUAGAGA